UUUACUCUUGAGUAGUCACGGCCACGAAUCAGGGCCGCUCGCUCGUUUUUCUCCUGGGUAGCGGGGAAACAAGUGCGUGUUUGGCACCUGAAACAGGCACCCAACAAUAUUUAUAGCCCAAUCAUGUGUAGGUUCUACUGUGAAGUCGGUGCCCGAUUUAAAUUGAAUUCUCAGGUCGUUGGAUAUAGGAUUGCAGCCUUAUGAGAGCAAUCAUUUGCAUGUCUGCUCAGGAAAACGUUCCGUUGUGUUCUGUAAUAUGUGGAAGUCUUAGCCUUUUUAUACUGCUUUUCGAAGUUUCAAUCCUGGGCAUGUCUAUUCAGAAGCAAAUCAGAUUGAAUGUGCCGCUCACUGUUGAAGAGACAAUCAUGGAGGCUCUUUGUAACUCUGAGGAUAUGCUGGCAAAAGUGAACCAACUCUGGACGAUGCUUGAUGACUUGGCUGAGAGCAAUCCUGAAAGUUACCACCAGUUCAUGCAGCAGCAACUCAAAGACGCAAAGCAACAUUAUGCUCCUGCAGAACCAUACAUGUGCCUGAAGACCUGCAUCUUGGAGCCUACUGAAAAAUCAUUGUUCGUUAACCUCUGCAGGUGGAAUCAGGUUCCAGCACCCCAAUCGCCAUCUGACCCAGUGCCAUUGAGGGCUGGCAAAAUGGAGGAGAUAUCUGAGAAAUCAGAGUUUUAUACUGUCCUUGAUAUUGCAUACAACCAAUCUGUUAUCGAGAAGGGAAAGGAUGACCCAAAAAUGAAGGACCAAUUGAUACGUCUAUCACUUAAGUAUAUUGAGGAGCAAUAUAACAUCAUUCUGUCAAACUCCUAUACUAUUACAAAAUUUAAACUGAAAGGAAGCCUGGCAAGGAUGAGACAGAGCUUAAGGAGAGGGCAAGCACCAGCAGCUUUGUCCCAGAAGACCUUGCAAAAAGAAGUGACACUUGACCAACUGAGAAACAUCAUAACAAAGGAAGAUAGCAGUGACCUUACUUUGCUAAUGGAGAACACGGUGCCCUCUAAAACAUGCCUCAUUGAAGAGAUUUCCACUACAGAGCAGCCAGAGGAAUUGUGCACCCCGGCCUAUGAAGUCACCAUCAUAAAGGAUAUGAAUGAGAAGCCUCUGAAGAUUGAACUGAAAGUUGAAUUGCCAGAGGUACACUGUGUCUCUGAGUGUGACCUAAGCGUUUCUGAGGAUGAUGUAUUGAUUGAAUGCCCUGCAAAGUAUAAAUUACACUUGGAUCUUCCACAGUCUGUGAAUGAAGAAGCAACAACAGCAGCAUUUCACAGCCAGAAGAGAGUCUUACUUAUCACAAUGCCGGUGUCUGAAAAGAAGUGAUGUUAGCAGAUUUGACACGGCAUGUGGGCUUGGGGGUUUGGGUACUGCCCACUCAGCACUUCCAAACACUUUGCAUAGGUUAAUAUUAAAGUCUACUGGCUGCUUGCCUGCAUUUCACACAUUGGAUCAUUAGAGCAGGCAUCCCAGCUGCCCUUUGGACAGAUGCAGAGCUGAGUAAUACUAACUGGAGAUAAGAUAUGUUUCUAAGUACAGAACUGAAACUCAACUCUAAUGGAGAAUGUUCCAAUGCUUACUUUAAAUGUUUUCUUAUCAGUCAUGGAGUUUCUACUGUAUUGUGCAAACUGUAACGGCUCAACAACUACAUGAAAAUCUUAUAAAAGCACUUGUAAAAUUUACAUUUUCAUUGAUCCCUCAAUUAACAAUCAAUAAAAGAUAACACAUUCAACCACUUA